AUGGAGCAGAUCGAGACGCAGGCCUCCGACCUGCGCUACCUCACGGCGCCAGUCGCCGCUUUGAGCGACUCGGCCAGCGUCUCGUACGAAACGCCGCAGCCACGGCCGCACAUGAGCCCAGGUUCCGCCAUGUACGGAGACAAUUCCGCGCUUCACCAGCAGCAGCACAGCGAUGCCUCGCCAGGGUUGGGAGAUGCCGAUGCUGGAGCGGGUGCGACCAAGAGGAAGUCGGUGGACGAGGCGGGCGGCGCGAAGCAGACGCGGAGCAAGAGGAACCGGGUGAGUCUCGUCAUCAAUGAGUGCAAGAGACGCAAAAUCAAGUGCAACGGCGAAACGCCAUGCCAACGCUGUGGCAACCUCAACCUGGCGUGUCUGUAUGCGCCCAACUGCUGCUCCAACAAUUUCAAGGACUCGGAUGAGUUCAAGAAGAUCACGGCGCAACUGAGCCGCCUGCAAGACGAGGUCAACUGGCUCAACCAGAACAUGCGCACCAUGCAGACGGAAUCGCGAUUCGCGCCCCCAGCUUCGGAUCGCAUCGUCCCAGCUCCGAACUCAAUCAUUGCCCCUUCUCCAUCGCAAAGCUCAACAUCCGGCCACCGACCGGACUAUCUUGGAAGGCAAACGCCCUUUCAGGGCCCGACGAGCACGGCAUUUAGUCUCGACGUGGCCAGAGAGACCAUCAGCAGCAUGGGGUGGAAGCCGACAGAGGAAGGUGAUGAUAACGAGCCGCCACCUAUCAACCACAUAUCCUCUGCAGUCUCACCGCAUAUAUCAGAGCCACUCCUGGAGUUUGACAAGGACGAAAUGGUGCGCCUGUGCCGAGUUCACGAAGAGGAGAUCGGCAUCAUGUAUCCCGUGAUCAAUAUCCAAUCAGUGAUUGCCCAUGUCAAAAAUGUUUCGUUAUACCUCAGGAAUCAGCGACCAACCGAGCCCCUGAACGAUCUUCAGACCCUCCAGUUGAAAGCCAUCAUGUGCUGCGCUCUGGUUGUGGAAGGCCACGGCCACUGUGAGAAGGCGGUGCGGCUGUAUGAGAGCAUGGAGAAUAUUAUCAACCGAAAGCUCAUGUCGGACGUUCUUGAAGUCUCUGACCUCCCCCUUCUGGCACUUGUUGCCGGCUACAGGUUCUUGUCCAACGAGGAGGUGCUCGCCUGGCGAGUCAUGGGCCAGGUGGUGCGCUUGUGUAUAGAGCUCGGCAUUCAUCAGAAAAGAGGGCUGAUGAUGAUACAAAACGAGACGGAGCGAAAAAAUGCGCUCAACAGCUUCUGGUCAGCCUACGUUCUCGACCGUCGAUGGGCGUUUGGGACGGGUCUGCCAUACGCCAUUCAAGACGAUGAGAUUGAUCCGACUUUGCCGAUGCCUGACGAAUAUCCCUACCUCGUUGCCAUGAUCACAUACUCUCGAAUAGGCGCCAAGGUCUGGCGCCAGGUAUCCCAUUUUGGGCCCGUUCUUGCGCGAGAAUUGGGCCAGGAGGAGAUUGAGCGGCUUGACCAAGAGAUAUUACGAUGGUACGAGAGUGUACCAGAAGAAAUCAGGAUGCGUAGCUGGGACAAGGAUACCCAGAUGACCUCGACACCAUCAUAUAACCUUCAGCGGCUGAGGAUAUGGACCUAUUUGCGCUUCAACCAAAUACGGACAUGGCUGUACACUCCCGUCCUACAUAGCGCCACCAGCAUCAUGUCGCAUCCAUUGCAGGCACAGCGCGUCGUUGAUCUGGCCAAGGACACGAUCCAAUACCUCCACCACCUUAACAGCACCACCAACCUCUACCGGAGAACGCAGGUCUUUUACCACCAGUUCCUCGCAGCCGCCAUAUCCGUCGUCUUUCUUGCCUCGGUACACGCACCGGUGCGGUUCAGCGCAGUCUGUCGGGAGGAGUUCUACAUGGCCCUCGACUUAGUCAAGGAUCUGUCUGCCAAGAGCUGGGUAUCACAACGCCUGUGGCGAACCAUCAAGUCGCUCAAGGAUGUGGCGCCGCGAUUCGGCCUGAAUCCGGACGAGGACCCUCACUCGAGCGCCGCUCUGGGUAUGAUUGGGCUCGCAAGGGGACACAUGGACACCAUGCCCGGUAGCCAACCUCUGUUUCAACAUCCUCCAAUGCCACCCAGGCAACCUACGGAGACUCCGAUGAGCAACAGCAAUACUAGUAAGAACAACAACGGGCAAAGGAUACAGAGCGAGAUGUCGCGUAUAUUCGAGGGCUACGUUGGCCUAAACGGGGUCCAGUUUGGGGGCAAUGGAGAAGACCAACAUGUGUCUCCCCACGCCGCCUUAUCUUCUUCAGAUUCGCAGAAUGCCAUGUUUGCGCCGGCAGACGGGACAGUUUUUCCUCAUAUGCGCGAGAUGUUUUGA